AGUGCCAGGGCAGCAGGGCCUGCAGACCUCAGCCCUCCGCUGUCGCGCUGGCGGCUCGAACCCCGCAGCCCCCUCGCGGCCUGGCUCUCGGCGACAUGGUGGGGACCCACCGCCUCCUGCUGGAAAACGCGCGGCAAGUGGUGCUAGUGUGCACGCGCGGCGAGCGCUUCCUGACGCGGGCGGCGCUGAGCAGCCUGGCGGUGCUGGAGGACGCCAGCCUCGUGGUGGGCACGGAUGGGUUUAUAAAAGCCAUUGGACCUGCUGAUGCUAUUCAAAGACAGUUUUCUGAAGAAACUUUUGAAGAAAGAAUUGACUGUUCUGGGAAAUGUAUUUUACCAGGUUUGGUGGAUGCACACACACACCCAGUUUGGGCUGGUGAGAGAGUUCAUGAGUUUGCAAUGAAGUUGGCAGGAGCUUCUUACAUGGAUAUUCACCAGGCUGGAGGAGGGAUCAACUUCACCGUGGAAUGCACUCGCCAAGCCUCUGAAGACGAGCUGUUCGACUCUUUCCGGCAGCGUCUUCUGUGCAUGAUGAGGGCUGGGACCACCCUGGUGGAGUGCAAGAGUGGAUACGGCCUCAACCUCCAGACAGAGCUCAAGAUGAUGCGUGUGAUUGCACGUGCCCAGCAGGAGCUGGAUAUCAGCAUUUCGGCCACUUACUGCGGGGCUCACUCAGUGCCCAAAGGAAAAACUGCUGAUGAAGCUACUGAUGACAUUGUCAAAAACCACCUCCCGAAGCUGAGGGAACUUAACAGAAGUGGGGAGAUCCACAUUGACAAUAUAGAUGUAUUCUGUGAGAAGGGCGUCUUUGACCUCGAUACCACCAGAAGGAUUCUUCAAAGUGGAAAAGACAUGGGGCUGCAGAUUAACUUUCAUGGGGAUGAACUCCACCCCAUGAAGGCUGCUGAGCUCGGGGCUGAACUGGGUGCCCAGGCAAUCAGUCACUUGGAAGAAGUGAGUGAUGAAGGCAUCAGUGCCAUGGCAACAGCCAGGUGUGCCGCUGUCCUUCUGCCCACCACAGCCUACAUGCUGAGACUGAAGCAGCCUCGAGCCAGGAAGAUGUUAGAUGAAGGAGUAAUAGUUGCUCUAGGAAGUGAUUUCAACCCUAAUGCAUAUUGCUUUUCAAUGCCAAUGGUAAUGCACUUGGCCUGUGUCAACAUGAAGAUGUCCAUGCCUGAGGCCUUGGCCGCUGCCACUAUCAAUGCAGCUUAUGCCCUGGGAAAAUCUCACACACAUGGAUCUCUAGAAGUUGGUAAACAGGGAGAUUUCAUUAUCAUCAAUUCCUCCAGAUGGGAGCAUUUGAUUUACCAAUUUGGAGGCCAUCAUGAACUAAUUGAAUAUGUUAUAGCUAAAGGGAAAGUCAUCUAUAAAAAAUGCUAACUAUGAAAAGAGAAGACUGUAUAAAAUAAAUCAUUACAGUUACAUUAAAAGUUAAAACACAUAGUGCUUUACCAGAAUUAUGUCACACUUAAAUAUUUUUUACUUUUUGUUAAUCAGCUAAAAAAACCAAGGGGUUAAUUCAUUAUAACUAAGCAUAUGCACCUGAACAUUUAAACAGGCACACUUACUAUGAUGAUAAUUUCAGAACAUCAUUUAACUCCACAAAGAUUUGUUACAACUAUUGUGCAGAUUAAUAU